AACUCAUUUUCCAAAGUCUGUAUUAAAAAAAUAAAUCCUGGCUAGGUAGGUGAUGUUUCGGACGACGGAGCUAAGCGCGCAGCACGUCCUCUCUCUUCUUGUGAUACUGAAUAUUGGAGCCGGCGCCGCCAUUUUCGUGUUCUCCUGAGUUCAGUCAGGCGAGAUUUGAGCGCUCUCGAGUGAGGAAAGAUGAGUAAGAAAAAGAACCCUCUUGUGUUCUUGGAUAUAUCAAUUGGUGGGGAUCCUGUGGAAAGAAUUGUUAUUGAGCUUUUUGCUGGUGUUGUUCCAAAGACAGCAGAGAAUUUCCGGGCACUAUGUACAGGUGAGAAGGGCACUGGUGAAUCUACUGGGAAACCUUUGCACUAUAAGGGAUCGUUUUUUCAUCGAAUAAUUAAAGGAUUCAUGGCACAGGGUGGUGAUUUUUCAAAGGGAAACGGCACAGGUGGAGAAAGCAUAUAUGGAGGAAAGUUUCCAGAUGAGAAUUUUAAACUGGCUCAUGAUGGACCUGGUCUUCUUUCCAUGGCAAACAGUGGUCCAAACACUAAUGGAUCUCAAUUCUUUAUAAUAUUCAAGCAUCAACCCCAUCUUGAUGGGAAGCAUGUUGUGUUUGGAAAGGUAGUGCAGGGAAUGAACAUUCUGAAGAAAAUUGAACUAGUAGGAACAAGUGACGGCAAACCUGCUCAACCUGUCAAGAUAGUAGACUCGGGUGAGACUUCUGAGAGUAAAAUUCAGGAUGUUGGGAAAGAGAAAGUUUCUCUUUCAGGGAAAAAGAAAAAAUCAAGAAAGGUUCCUUCUUCUGAGGACAGUUCAGAUGGGCAAGCAAGAGGAAAACGGAGAAAGUCCUUGAAGGAAAGAAGAAAGAAGAAAAGGAGAAAAUACUCAUCAUCUGAUUCUUAUAGCUCUUACUCUGAUUCUGAUUCCUAUUCAGAUUCUGGUUCAGAUUCUUAUUCAUAUGAUUCAAGUUCUUCUAGUGAUGGAAGAAGGCGUAGAAAGAGGAGGUCAGCAAAAAGAGAUAAGCGCCAGCAGAGGCGGAAAAAGAAGGAUGGUGAGAGAGAUAAGAGUAGAGGCCGGCAUGAAAGACAAGUAAAGCGCAAGUCCAAAGGGAGUUCUGAGAGUUCCAGUGAAAGUGAGAGUGAUGUAAGCAGCCAUGGUAGUAGCAGUACUGAUGAUGAAAGAGCUGGAAAGCAAAACAUUUUGAAUCGUAGAAUCAGUACCUCUGUUCGUGUGGAUAAUAGAUUACCAGAGAGUCUUGAUAUAGAGCAUAAGCCCCCAAACACUCUCUCCAAAAAGGAAGACAAUUCAGUACCCAAAGGGGGUGAUGAUAACUCAUCUCAUGAAGAAGGUGAAUUGUCUCCUAAGAAUGAUGAGCUUCUGAACAAUGGUCAUGGCAAUAAUAGAGCAAAUCAACAUUUUAACUUACAUAACUCUGACAGACCCAGGGAUAUGAGUCCAAGACCCAAGGGAAGGCCAAACAGUAGCCAUAGAAGUGGCCGAAGCAUGAGUCCUACAGGAAGCCGAUCGCCAAGUGGCAACCCAAAACGCAUUAGAAAAGGACGUGGCUUCACAGAGCGCUACUCCUUUGCACGUCGAUAUCGCACACCCUCUCCAGAGCAUUCACCUCCCAGAUCCUACCAUUAUGGUGGAAGAAAUAUCCCAGAAAGAAAUCAUGAUAAUAGGUUUUCCAGGUACAGAAGUUACUCUAAGCGCUCACCACACGGGCAUUAUAGAAGCCCACCAAGAGGCCGCAGCCCCCCCAGAUAUGAGCGGAGAAGUAGAAGCACUUCUCGCAGUCCAGGUGGUCAUCGUGGUCGCUACAGAGACCGGAGCCAGAGCCGGAGUCCAACCCAUAAUCCCAGUCUGCAAGAUAAACGACCUGUCAUAAGUGAGGGAUUGAAAUCGCGUCUUGGUCCACGGAUUGAUCAGCACUCACCAAAAAGUGGCAGAUCAAGGUCUAGGUCCAUUUCCAGGUCAAGGAGUCCCGGAUCUUCUCGUUCUAGAUCCCCUGAUGCAUUGCCACCCAAUCGUCAUGAGAGGAAAGCUUCAUCUCCUAUGCGGUCAAAAUCAGGCUCACCCUCAGGUCCCAGAGGAUUAGUAUCUUAUGGAGACUAAAACUGUUUCCUUUACCAUUCAAAUUUAAUUCUGUUGGUUAAACUAUGUCUAGCUACGUUGAUUGUUGCUUAGAUUGAAACGUCAAUUUGCUGGGGCAUUUUGUUUGAAACUAUAAUUUUUGCAACAUAACUGAGGUGGAGGCUUGACAAAUAGAACUUUGACAUGAUUUGAUAUUUGCUUUGGGACAAUGAGUCUGAGACUGACAGCCCUGUUGUGCAAAUGUGAUGAAUGCAGCAUUGAACAUUUAAACUAUGAUUGUAGGGCAUUUCUGACUCAAGUUUUUGUUGUCCAUGUAAACUUUUAUGUGAUCAAUGUUAUUUAUACAAUAUCUCUUUUAAGGUUGAGAUUUUUUAGUCUGAACUGGCAAAGCUUUGUCAUGUCUCUUUUGGUCUGCGAAAAAGGUGUGAUGUAUAAAGGAAACGGAAAGUC